GGUGUCCCCGCCCUCUUCCUCAGGUGUGGCAGCAGCGCGAGGAUCGGUUCGACUCUCCAGUGAUUGACAGCUCGAUGCGGGGGACGUGUGCGUGGUGUGCGUGAGUCCGUCCAGCUGAGUGUCCUCGUCCCUGUGAACCGGUCUCUUUGUCGCGGGACCGUGCGCGCGCUCACGAUGCCGGAGCUGAUCAGUGUGACAGAGUUCGUCUCCGAGACUCAGGAGGACUACACCGCCCCCACCACGUCCAGCUUCAGUACCCGGAUGAUCCACUGCAGGAACACAGUGGCUGCACUGGAGGAGGCUCUGGACGUGGAUCGAUCGGUUCUGUACAAGAUCAAGAAGUCGGUAAAGUCCAUCAACGCAUCUGGUCAGACUCAUGUGGACAACGAGGACCAGUACAUCCAGUCACUGGAGAAGUUCGGGGACAACUAUGUCCGCAAAGAGGACGCAGACGCUGGCUCCGCCUUCCUGAAGUUUGCCGUCUUCACCAAAGAGCUGACGGCGCUCUUCAAAAACCUGCUGCAGAACAUGAACAACAUCAUCACGUUCCCUCUGGACAGCUUGUUGAAGGGCGACCUGAAAGGAGUCAAAGGGGACCUGAAGAAGCCGUUCGACAAAGCCUGGAAGGAUUACGAGACCAAACUUGCGAAGCUGGAGAAGGAGAAGAGGGAGCAUGCCAGGCAGCACGGGAUGAUCCGGACCGAGUUCAGUGGAGGAGAAAUCGCAGAGGAGAUGGAGAAGGAGAGACGGAUGUUCCAGCUUCAGAUGUGUGAGUAUCUGCUCAAAGUGAACGAGAUCAAAGUGAAGAAAGGAGUCGACUUCCUCCAGAACCUCAUCAAGUAUUUCCACGCUCAGUACAAUUUUUUCCAGGACGGCCUGAAGGCUGUGGAGAGUCUGAGACCUUCUGUGGAGAAGCUGUCCACAGACUUGACCACGAUCAAACAGAGUCAGGACGGAGAGAGGAAAAAGCUGAACCAGCUCCGAGACGUCCUGAAGGCUUCACUGCAGGCCGAGUCCAAAGAGGACUCUCAGGCGAAGCAGAGCGCAGGUUACAGCCUCCAUCAGCUUCAGGGGAACAAGGCCCACGGCACCGAGUGCUCCGGGGUCCUCUACAAGAAGAGUGAAGGGCUGAGGAAGGUCUGGCAGAAGAGGAAGUGCUCGGUGCGCAACGGUUUCCUGACCAUCUGCCACGGCACGGCCAACAGACCUCCAGCCAAACUCAACCUGCUCACCUGCCAGGUGAAGAUGAACCCUGAGGAGAAGAGAAGCUUCGACCUGUUCUCACACGACAGAACCUAUCACUUCCAGGCCGAGGACGACGCCGAGUGUCAGGUCUGGGUGUCGGUGCUGCAGAACAGCAAAGAGGAGGCGCUGACCCAGGCGUUCAAAGGAGACCAGGACGAAGGAGAGAACAACAUCGUCCAGGAGCUGACCAAGGCCAUCGUGGGGGAGGUGAAGAGGAUGAGUGGCAACGACGGCUGCUGCGACUGUGGAGCCCCCGCUCCGACCUGGUUGUCCACUAACCUGGGGGUUGUGAUCUGUAUCGAGUGCUCAGGGAUCCACAGGGAGAUGGGAGUCCACUACUCCAGGAUCCAGAGUCUGGACCUGGACGUCCUGGGAACCUCGGAGCUGCUGUUGGCGAAGAACGUGGGAAAUGCCAGUUUCAAUGAGAUCCUGGAGGCGGACCUGUCGGAGCAGGGCGUCACCAAACCGGAUCCGAGCAGCGACAUGCAGACGAGGAAGGACUACAUCACGGCCAAGUACACGGAGAAGCGCUUCGCCCGGCGGCUGUGUGCCGACGCCGAGUCCCGGCUGCAGGCUCUGUACGAGGCGGUCAGGAGCAGAGACAUCCUGUCCCUGCUCCAGGUCUACGCUGAGGGGGUGGACCUGAUGGACGCCAUCCCGCAGCCCAACGAACACGAACCUGGAGAGACGGUGCUCCAUCUGGCGGUCCGGAUGGUGGACAGGAACUCGCUCCACAUCGUGGACUUCCUGGCUCAGAACAGCGGGAACCUGGACAAGCAGACGUCCCGAGGAAGCACCGCGCUGCAUUACUGCUGCCUGACGGACAACAGGGAGUGUCUCAAGCUGCUGCUGAGGGGACGAGCCUCCGGGUCCAUCACAAACGAAGCAGGAGAGACGCCGCUGGACAUCUCCAGACGUCUCCGUCACACCGAGUGUGAAGAGCUGCUGACUCAGGCUCAGACGGGAAAGUUUAACGUUCACGUUCAUGUGGAGUACGAGUGGCGUCUCCAGAACGAGGACCUGGAUGAGAGCGAGGACGAGAUGGAGGACAAGCCCAUCCCGAACCGCCGCGAGGAGCGUCCGGUCAGCUGCUUCGUGCCCGGCCCCUCCCCCAUGCAGCCCAACCUGGCGGCGCUGGCCAGGGACGCCGCCUGCGUGGUGCGGGACAAACAUCGUCCUCCGGCUCCCAGCACCAUCAUCAGCAAUGAGACGUACGGCACCAUGAUGGACCUCCUGCCGGCCGGGCCGACCCCCCCGCUCCCCCCCAGGUUCCCCCACAGAGUGUCGGGUCCCGGUAAACCCACCGCGAUGGAAACCGUCGGAAGACAAAGGUCGUCGUCCGACCCCCCGAACCCCCCCGCCCCUGAGAGGAACUCCUCCAUGUACGUGCUGCCAGCAGCUCCUCCCCCUCCUCCCCCACCUCCAGGAAACAGGAAGUCCAGUCUGUUUGGAAUGAGGACCGCCUCAGCCAGGAACACCACCCUCCCUCCGCUGCCUGCUCCACCAGCGUCGGGCCUCCCGCCCCCCCCUCCAGUCCCAUCACCACCCUCCAUACCUCCACCCCCCCAGUACAAAGCUCCAGCUCUGACCCCUCCUGUCCCCAGCCACAAAACCAGCAAAUCAUCAGGACCCAGGUCUCCUGAAUCCCACAGAUCCCCCCCCGGAUCAGUGAAAGAGCCUCCACAAAGACCGCCUGUCAGGACCCGAUCUGUGGGCAAACUAGGUUCUCAGUCCAGAUCUCCUCAGAGUCCGGCUCCUCCAACACCUCAGCCCAGAACCGCCUUCUCCAAGCAGAAGCUUCAGAGAGUGAAGGCCAUCUACAACUGUUCAGCCGAUCACCCAGACGAGCUGACGUUCAGUGAGGGGGAGGUGAUCGUGGUGGAGGGGGAGGAGGACAGUGAGUGGUUGAUCGGUCACGUUGAAGGAGAGCCGAGCCGACGGGGAGCGUUUCCUGUCACCUUCGUGCACUUCAUCGCAGAGUGACCACUUCCUGUUGGAGACACACCCUCUGAUCGAACAGGAAGCUCCAGAGUUCAAACUCCCCCCCACAGUUAGAGCUCAGUGAUGGACGGACGCAUUGUUGUGGUUGUUUUUUUUUACAGCUCCCAGAACUUUUUUUUAAUUCUCUAAAGUUUCUGAAGAAUCUGUUUCACAAAAUGCUGCGGAACAAAAAACUGAAGUGUUAAACUCAUUCAAGUAUUUAUUCCAUAGACGGUAAAUAAAGAUUGAUCGCCCCCUGGUGGCUGGCUGCAGUGUCAUCAUAAGCUUACUCAUGAUUGGUCAAAAGCAUGUAUGGAACCUCAAUGCACAGACCCAUUGAGGAAGUGAAGAUGUUUCUGUAUUUAAAGACUUUGAUUUAUCUCAGUAGAAAGAAAACAGGAACAUCUGAUUCUGAUAACCAUAAUAUAAUAUAUCACUCUCAUGGAGAUGUCCACUCUUCUUUGACAGCCUGUCUGAGUGUGUGUGUUUGUGUGUGUUUGUGUGUGUGUCUCUGUCUGUCUGUGUUUGUGGGUUUAUGUCUCUGUGUUUGUGUGUUUAUGUCUCUGUGUUUGUGUGUGUGUAUUUGUCUGUGUGCGUUUGUGUGUGUGUGUGUCUGUGUGUGUUCCCCUCUUGCUGCUGUGUGGGUGCAGGUAGGAGGACUACCACUCCUCAUAUUAAGUCUUUUUGGUUGUGUUGUUGAUAUAAUACAUUUAGAUUGUGUUUGCAUUAAAACUGAAAGCAGGAAGUUUCCUGGUCCCCCCUGCUUCCACGACUAACAGAGAAACUCUAUAUGAGCUCGAUUUCUAUUAGAAUUGAUUUUAUUCAUCCUUUUUUAAACCGUGUCAAUAAAAACUUUCCACUCUGUUUUCUUUUGUUUUCUGUUGCUCCUCUAAAAAUAAUAUUUUCUUUGACCUGGAAACCAACUCUUCUUUUCUCUUGUUUCUUCCCCUCAUCUUUCUCUUGUUCUCCUUCAUCUCUUCUUCUCUCCGGGAGAAGAUCAGGACUUUACAGAUUUCUCAGAAGAUAAUUAUUGGAUCAAGAUGAAAACAAGCGGACUGAUAUUUAAGAGUUGAUCCAAAUCAAAAUGUAGUGAGUUUAAAUGUGUUUUCAUGAGGAGACGUGUGAGCUCUACUGAGUGGUGGGAAAAAAACGUUUUUAUCCAUAAUAAUAACAUCUUCAAUGUAAAGCGCCUUUCACAGGACCCGAUGAUAAUAAAGAGAAUUCAGUGUCUACACAAA